UGCUCCCUGCCUCCCCCUUGCGGAGCGAUGAGUACCUCCGUUCAGACUGUGUGGGAAGCGCCUGUGUGUGAAUCAGGGAAAUCCGCAGUGUCGGGGUAGUAACAAUUUCGAUUGAUUCAACCAAAGCAGUUGUUUAACAUUUCAUUGACUGUGAAGGCAGACGGUGGAACUGCAACCCUGCAUUCGAAAAAGGAGGACGAGUACUUCGCCAUGAACUGCGACAUGGACGGUGACACGGAGAACCAGGUGGAGCUGGAGGAAAAGACGAGGCUCAUAAACCAGGUUCUGGAACUGCAGCACACACUGGAAGACCUGUCUGCGCGGGUGGACGCGGUGAAGGAGGAGAAUCUUAAACUGAAGUCUGAGAACCAGGUGCUGGGGCAGUACAUCGAGAACCUCAUGUCCGCUUCCAGCGUCUUUCAGACCACCGACACAAAAAGCAAACGAAAGUAAGGGGCUGCCUUACAGCGUCCCCCCUCCCCAACCCCCCCUCCCCCUCCCCCAUCCUGUCUCUCCCUGCCCAUUAACUACCCUGAUCCAGCCCACUGCCCCCACCCCACCCCCAGAUUACUCCUUUUUCCCUCAUUAAACAAAUGCACAUGAAGCUUCUUUAAAGUUAUUUUGACUAUUGUUACUUUACAGUUUGUUUGUUUAUUUUGUAAUUAUUUGUUAAUUUUUUUUGGGUACUGUGAUUUUAAUGUGUUUUUCUUUUGUCAUCUCAAAAAUAUUCUGUUUGUACAAAUUUCCCCACGGGCAGAAUUUUUACAGGGGACUUUUUUAAGACUGUAAAAUAAAAUUUCAAAAAUGAACAACUUCUUAUGUCCCAUACAGAAACAAUCUUAGCAUUCACUGUUCAACGCAUGCUGUAUUCAGUCCUAAUUUUUUGCCACACUGCUCAACUGGAAGGGAAAGGACUGUUUUCAGGCAAUCCAAGUUGUAUAAAAGUAAACACAAAGUGGACCCUGCUGUUAUAUAGUAACCUAUGUAUGUAAUUGUCAUUGUUUGUUCGAAAGUACUCAGUGGAGACUGCUCUGCUAGUCACAAAAUGGCUGAAAUGAAAUGUCACUUUUUCCCUGUAAUUCUAUUGCUGAGUGACUUUACAUUUACAAAGACCUUUGACCUGAUAUAAAAUUGAAUUAAGCUGUAUUUAGGAGCUAGUGAUAUUACUGACUUUAUUUUGUUGUAAGUUCAUGUAUUGGGGUGAGUGGCUAAAUGGAAAAAGCACAGAAAAUGUUAUAACUGAUUACAUCCUCUCCUGUUGUGAAACAUCUAAAUUUUGAGAGUUUGGGAAUGUUCGAGCAGAUGGUAACAGCGUGAGCACAACAGCACCAGUGUCAGCCACAUAUUGGGAGGGGACACCGCUUCUAAAGCCAAAUAGUAAAUAAAAAAAACACUCCGUCUUAACUGGUGUCAGUGUGAGGCAGAGUAGCUCGUACUUAUGUAUAAGUGUCAAAAGUGUACCUGCGUAUGAAUUUAAAAUGUUCAUUUGUCCCUUUAAUUUCUCUCCGAACAACACUGAUCCACAAGUCUAGAAGUACUCAUUAUUAAAGUAUAAGAUCCAAUCAUAGCGACUAGAAAAGAGUCAGGUGGUUCUGCAGAACACCCUGCUUACUUUGAGUUUCAAUCAAAAAUGUCAAUAGUGUUUAACUUUACCCCCAACUGCCUGUUAUUUCAGUCCACAUUAUUAGAGACUUCCUCAAUCACUAGGUUGGCACAGUCUCACAAGAAAAGCAGACUCUUUACUCUGAAUUAACUAUAGUUGGUCUCUAAAAUAAUUAUCAAUUAUGUAUGGAAAAGUAUUAAAUUAGUGUUACCUCCUUUAUAUAAAAUUUGACCACAUGAAUAGAUAUUUAGUGGGAAUAGAAUAAGAUCUUGACAAUUAAGUCUGAUAUUUGGCUGGAUGUACCAAACCUUGGAUACUAGUGAGGGUUGGCACUUGUUAAAAGUUCAUUUAUUUCAUACAGAAGACUGAGUGACCUUAACUUCAGCAGUGUUUCACAAUAAUAUCUGAGUGUUUGUAGCGGUCUUGCCAGCACAGUAUGAAAACAUUCUGCGGAAGUAAGACUGGGCUAAGUUCUGGUCAUUACUCUCCAGACUACCCGGCAUUGACUGCUUUAAAAAUAAAUAAAUAAAAAGACUUAAAGUGAUAUUGAUCCAUGCUAGCAUUACAGAUGGUCCUGUGCAUUAACAUACAUUUACACAGUGGGAGUAGGGGUGUGUAGGCUCCAUUUAUUGCAGUAGUGGGUUAAGGAUCUCACGACGCCCUCUCUUAUGUUGAAAAAUAGUCUUAAUAGUCUUGAUAGUCUGGAGAGGAAUAGCCUUCCUGUGUAUUGUUGCCGUGGUGCUUUUUUUUUGAGGAGAGAACCUGGGAUGAUCUCGUAAGAGAAUCUUGUCAUCUGCUUUUGUUCUAAUACACUGGCCAUAUAAUAUGAUUACAGUCAUAUUUGUUUUCCUCUGGACAUGUGAAGUAUGCUUACACAUCCUAAACAUGACUGCCUUGUGUGUAGAUUGUGUAAAUUUUACAACUGUGUUGCCCUUUUAACAGUUUUUGUUUGAAUAAAAACAUUACUGGUUUUGCGUGA